CCCCAUAUAUAUACAUUUGUCUAGCAGAAGCUUUCCAAAACAUCUCUAUAGAACCAACAAGAGGUCUCAUUAAACAGCUACUAGCAUUCUAUAUCAACCAUAAUUUAUUUAUUUUAUUGUUGCAAAUAUGUAUUCUUCUAUAAAAUUUGUUUAUUUAUUUGGCCUUCUCCAACUUAUAGCUUUAGCCAGUAUAGCCAAAGAUGUGCCCUAUGAUGUCAAUUAUAAAAUUAUAUAUGGGAAUCAAAAUGUUGUGUCCUUCAACCAAGGAAGAGAACUUCAGAUUUCAAUGGACAAAUCCUCUGGAUCUGGCUUUGAGUCUAAGGGGAAAUACGGUUCAGGCUUCUUUCACAUGAGAAUAAAGCUACCAGACAGAGACUCUGCAGGGGUCGUUAUUGCUUUUUACCUACAUUCAAAUACAAACAAUCAUGAUGAAGUAGAUUUCGAGUUUUUGGGUAAUAGAGAAGGCAAACCAUAUACGUUGCACACCAACGUGUUUACAAAUGGUGAAGGGAAUAGAGAGCAAAGGAUGCAUCUCUGGUUUGAUCCUACUGCAGAUUUUCACAACUAUAAAAUCAUGUGGAACGAUCAUCAGAUAGUGCUUUUUGUGGACAAUAUUCCAAUUAGGGUGUUCAAAAACAAUGCAAAUAUUGGAGUUAGCUAUCCACAACAACCCAUGCAAAUCAUGGCCACAAUAUGGGAUGGAGAUAGUUGGGCAACAGAUGGAGGAAACACAAAAACCAAUUACUCUUUUGCACCUUUUAAAGCUCACUUCCAAGAUUUCAACAUUGUUGGCUGCCCAAUAAUUAGCUCAAAUAAUAAUGCUCAUAAUUGCAAUUCACAGAGUUAUUGGUGGAACCAAAGCAAAUAUUGGAAGUUGAGUUCUAAACAAAGAAAAUUAUAUGAAGAAUAUAGAGUCAAGUAUAUAACUUAUGAUUAUUGUGAUGAUAAGUCUAGAUUUCCCACUACACCCCCAGAAUGUGAUUCAUAAAUAUCAAUUCUAGUUCUAGA